AUGAAUUCACUGGCAUUCGAACGUGCACCUGGUCCAUCGCGGCGUAAUAACGGUUAUCGUCGGCCAAAUCCUACGUCAGGAGAUGCACCAUCUAACUCAAGGACCAGUCAGCGACGCAAGAAAUCACGCUCCCCGGACGCGUGGAAUCCUCAGCUCCAAUUUGCCGCGCAAAGAUCUGAGCCAGCUCAACCCGAAGGAGGAAAGAAAAAGAAAUCGACAACUCCCCUGCCUUUCGAUAGCAGGCCCUUUCUUGCACCACUUGACGAUGCCAAUUUUGAGAGAGGUCGCAAGCACAAGUCCAAAUCACGCCAGCAAGGUCGCUCGGCAGUGGAGCACCCUGCUACCGCAUCGGCUCUUGCCGCAGAGAACAAGCUCACGAAAGAUAGAUCCAAGUCGAGAGACUCGACCUACAGACAACCUUCGAAAGCCUCGACAUCCGACUCGGAAGGUGUCCAGGCGCUCGUGGACCUUCACCUCGAGUACCAGGGUCCGUUCGCAGCUGCUGAACUUACCAAGCUUAAGCGAGAAAUUGAAAUGUGGAAGAAAGUAGCCCAUGAUAAUAAGAAGACAAUUAAGAAGCAGAAUAAGAUAAUUGAAGAGCUUCGCCAGAAAGCAAGUGCAAAUGAGAAGAAACUGAAGGAGACGGAAAGUCAAGUGAGUAAGGCACAAAACAAGGUGAAGAAGUCUGAAGAUGCCAUCAAUAAUGUCGAAACGAAUGUUCAAUGCCAAAUUUGCAUGGAGUUGUUACUCAAACCAUAUGCGUUAUCACCAUGUGGCCACGUUCUUUGUGUUUCAUGCCUGCAGGAGUGGUUCAAGAAAGCACCCCCCGGUGACGAUGAAAUGUACGACGACGACGAUCCUGAUUACCUACUUUUCCGAAAGAAGACUUGCCCAUGCUGUCGUGGUAACAUUCGUAAUCGGCCCAUUCCCGUUUUCAUCGUCAAAUCCAUUGCAUCCACAUUGUUAAAGGUUCGAGGAACAUCUCCCAACAUUUCAUCUCCCACUGCUGGAUCCCCUCCCGCUGAUGCGGAUCCAUGGGAAGGUUUAUUCCCGCCUGAUGACGAAAUAGAGGAUUAUGGGAGCGAGGAUGAUGACGAGGAAGACGACGAUUGGCUCGAUGAAGAUGUCUUCAGUUACGGUACGGGUAGUGAUGAAGAUGCAUAUGGUGGCGAUUACGUCUUACCUCAGUGGGAACCACCAGCAACCGUUAUCGACGAAGAGGACUACCUCUUCGACCGUUUGGGCCACAAUGACCUCAACGUCCUUCGGCGCGGUGCUACGCUUGCUAUGCUCCAUGAAUGUGACAUGUACUAUGUACAUGAUGAAGGACUUGUCGCGCACGACGAACUCAACAAUCGCAUCUUCCUCGGGUGGAAUAUUUCCCUCAGCGCAGAUGAUGAAGAUGGUUCAAGGUACAUCGAAUGGGUCACGCAGGACAUGGAUGACCGCCCUGAGCGUUGGAGGAUGGUGCACCUUGACAAUGGGAAGUAUGAGGCUCAUCGGCUUGUCCCAGAGGAUGAUGUGUGUGAUUACAGUGACAGCGACUCUGAACACUAUAUGGCAGAGUCUGACGUUGACUUCUAG